AUGAAAUUAUUCAUUGCUUUCUUUUUCCUUAUUUUUCUAAUUGUAUCUCAGGGACAAAUUUCUUGUUUCUCCUUAAGUAUACCUGCUUCUCCUGGCUACUUUCAAGAUGGGGAUUUUGUUAUUGGAGGAUUCUUUUCCCUCAGAGUGACUGCUGGAGACAGUAGAAUUAUAUUUGGCCUUAAUGAUACAACAAAUAUACCAGAUUCUGUUAUUGUGGAUCUAACUAACCAUUAUCAGCACAUGUUGGCAAUGGUUUUUGCUAUAGAAAAAAUCAACAAGGACCCAAUAAUUCUAUUCAAUAUGUCACUGGGAUUCUUUCUCUUCAAUGUUGACUUUAAUGAGAAGAGAGCCUUGGAAAGUUCUAUAGCUUUGCUCUCAGGAGAGAGCCCCCCAAUUCCUAACUAUACCUGCAGGCCCAAGAAGACUGAUAAGCUGGUUGCAGUAAUAGGAGGCAUUUCAACAGCGAUAUCAACUCAGAUUUCCCGAGUUUUAAGUCUCUACAAUGUCCCACAGAUCAGCUAUGCUCCUUUUGACCCAAGUCUUGGGACCAGAGUCGAGCUCCAAUCUCCUUACCAGUUUCCUGAGCACACUGCAGCUCUGUACCAGGGAAUUAUUCAACUACUGCUAUACUUCACUUGGGUCUGGGUUGGUCUAGUCAUCCCAGAUGAUAUGAUGGGAGAACUCUUCCUUAGGGACAUCACAGAGGAGAUGAAGAGCCAUGGACUUUGUGUUGCAUUUGCAGAAAAGGGUCCAGCAUUUCCUUCUCAUGAUACAUUAGACUGGCACAUUUUAAUGGAAAGAAUAACAUUUACACGUGUUGUUGUUGCAUUUGGUGACACUCAUGAUUUUCUGAUGAUUGUCCCUCUAAUCACUUGCCAUCCUGCUUUUGGUAAUAUUUGGAUCACAAAUUCUAAUUGGUAUACCACCCCAGUAGCCCUUGAACAAAAUGAAGUUUAUACAUAUUUUGGUGGAGGAUUAUCAUUUUCUCUUCACAUGGAUGAAAUUCUGGGAUUCAAGGAUUUUCUCAGAAGUGUUCAACCUAAAAAAUACCCUCAUGAUAUCUUUAUCCAGGAAGUGUGGUCGAUUUUAUUUGAAUGUCCAAUUUUCUAUCAGCACAGAGUCAGGGAACUAAGUCAAUGUGAGCAAAAUGGUAGCCUGAGCACACGACCUCCGCAUGUUUGGGAUAUGAAUACCUCUCCCUAUAGCUCCAAAGUCCAUGCAGCUGUGUAUGCCAUUGCCCAGGCACUUCAUGAAGAGCUGUCACUCAGAGUGGAAGAAGGCUCACUGGAUAAAAGUAUACUCCAGGCUCCACUCCCAUGGAAGCUCCAUCCAUUCUUGCAAAAGGGCCAACUUCGAAGAAGCAUCAAUGGGGUGAACACUGGGAACAAGGAGGUUUCAGCAACCAAGCUUGACAUCUUUAAUUACCAGUCUCUGAAGAGUGGUACCAAAGCUCAAGUGAAAGUUGGCCAGUUUGUGUUUGAAUCUCACAGUGUUCAGCAUCUUUCCCUAAAUGACAAACUCAUAACUUGGGGUGAGCACCACAAUCAGACUCCUUCAUCUGUUUGCAGUCAAAGUUGUCCACUUGGAUUUAGGAAAACACCUGUUGAAGGGAAACCAUUCUGUUGCUAUGAUUGUGUCCUAUGCCCAGAUGGAGAGAUUGCAAAUGAAACAGAUAUGGAUCAAUGCUUCAAAUGUCCUGAAGAUCAGUAUCCAAAUAAGCAGAAGAAUCAGUGUCUCCCUAAAAUUAUGGCAUUUUUGUCCCAUGAAGAUACUCUGGGAGUGGUUUUGGUCUCUGUGGCCAUUAGUUUAUCUGCCUUUUCAGCCAUAAUUUUAGGAUUAUUUAUUCACUAUCGUGACACACCCAUUGUGAGAGCAAAUAACAGAAAUCUCAGUUAUCUCCUCCUCAUUUCUCUAAUGCUCUGUUUCUUUUGCUCAUUGAUAUUCAUUGGACAACCUAGAACAGUCACUUGUGUCCUAAGACAAAUGAUUUUUGGGGUUGUGUUUUCUGUUGCUCUUUCUGCUAUCUUGGCAAAGACCUUCAUUGUGGUUGUGGCCUUCAAAGCCAUCAAACCAGGAAGCACUUUACAAAUGUGGAUGGUGACCCGACUCUCAAAUGCUAUAGUCUGCUGUGGUUCCACCAUUCAAGUGUGCAUCUGUGCAGUCUGGCUGGGAACAUAUCCUCCCUUCCCUGAUGUUGACAUGCAGUCAGAGUAUGGACAAAUCAUCCUCUUGUGUAAUGAGGGUUCCACCCUUGCUUUCUAUUGUGUUCUGGGUUACUUGGGCUUUCUGGCUAGUCUCAGCUUGCUUAUUGCUUUUCUGGCUAGAAGGCUACCUGACACCUUCAAUGAGGCAAAAACAAUCACCUUCAGCAUGCUGGUUUUCUGUAGUGUGUGGAUUUCUUUUAUACCCACUUACCUGAGCUCCACAGGCAAAACCAUGGUGACUGUGGAAAUUUUUUCAAUUCUGGCCUCCAGUGCUGUUUUGCUGGGUUGUAUGUUUCUUCCCAAAUGCCAUAUGAUUCUACUGAGGUCAGGUGUCCAUUUGAGAAAGAAGUUCUUUAAAUGA